UGUCUUCAUCUCACAGAAAAUUAAUUAGCCUCGAAAUUUACACAAAGGCCUAAAGAUUUCCAAAAAUUUUGCAAAGGAAGAAAAAAAUGGACAACAAAUUUUGGACUUUCCUCACUGCUCUUCAUUCGGGCGCUGGGCCCAUAGUGAUGUUGCUGUAUCCAUUGUACGCAUCGGUGAUAGCAAUGGAGAGCACAACAAAAGUUGACGAUGAACAGUGGCUCGCGUACUGGAUUAUAUACUCGUUCCUUUCACUCACGGAACUGAUUCUGCAAUCGCUUAUUGAGUGGAUUCCGAUUUGGUAUACGGUGAAACUUGUGUUCGUGGCUUGGCUUGUUCUGCCGCAGUUUCAAGGCGCAGCUUUUAUCUAUAACCGUGUUGUUAGAGAACAGUUCAAGAAACACGGCGUCCUCCGCUCCACCCACUCCAAGGCCACCAAGCCCAACAUCCUCCAGUCCAUUUUCCCCAACCGGGAGGGACACGAGGCUCACAGUCACUGAAUCAGAAGAGAGGAGCAGACAGAAGAAGCCUGACUAGUAUUAUUGUAAUGGUGUUGGUGGUGGUCCCAUCAUGUCCUGUCUAAUCUACUUUUGCUUUAUUUAUCAUAAAACUGGGUUUAGGAAUGUUGAUGAUGAUGACUGAUGAGGUGUGUAAUCGUUUUAAAUUAGAAAUGGCUUCUUCUUGUUGUAUCGCUUAUUAUUAGCUGCCACGCAUAUCUAUCUACAAAUGUCAAUGGUCAUAUUUUCAAUCGA